GAGUAGAGAAAUGUCUUAUACUUGUUCUUAACUUGAAGUGUUUCUGAUUGAUAGUUCCCCAAACUCUUAACAGAAUAAGAAGCAGAGGAAAAUGGGACUAAUUCCACCUCUCUACCCCACCCUCAGGUAUCCGUUGUUUUUAUCCUUCUAAACCUUUUGCAUCAUGCUAAGAUUAAUGCUUUAAAAAUCAACUCUGCUGAUCGGUACUAACUGGAUAAACUGAUGGCUCCACUCCCAGAGCAGAAGAAUGACAGGUAGCAUGCUGGGGGAGAAAGCACCUGGAAGCCACCCAAAAUGCCCUAGGUUAAUUUAUCCAAAUCUAAUCAAUUCAUGCAUGUAUCAAGGCCCAAUUCCUGUCCUCCUCAAGGCCAGCUCACAAGGACUCUUCCCUGAGUUCUGAAAGAGGUGCCACACAAUUUCAGGUACCGUAUGUCCUGAUGCUAAUCCUAACUCCUGUGGGCUUAUCUCCAUGACAGGUUUGUGAGCAUCUUUUGUCACCAUCUGCUUUGAGUACCCCGUAUCAUACUGAAUAUAGACAUUGCAAAAAUUCAAUAAGUACUUGUUUCAUUAGGCUUUCUGGCUCAAUACAUACAUUUGUACUGGUUGUGGGCUGAGACUUUCCCUCAGGCUUGAUUCACUUUUCGGCAACUAGGAAAAUAGCUCUGCAGGAGUACUCAGUUCUCACAAGGUCACACAGUAAAAUAUAAUGCAGAGUCCUAAGGCAAUCGAGGCCACUUUCAUUUGGUCAAAUGUAAUAAAACCAGAAUUAGAUUAUUGCUCCCUUCGUCUUGAGGUAAAAAUAGCUUUUUCCCACCCUCACUCUGGUUUACACUCCCUCAUUAUGUGACUUUUUAUUUUAAGCAUGAAUGCUUUAACUCUGGUGUCACCUUAGACCUACAGUAGUUCUUAUGUUCUCACAAGUGUGGCCAGAGGUCAUAACCACAAAAUGUAAUAAAAUGCUUGCUGAAUCCAAACUGCCUACGUUUCUACUCUUGGAGUCAGGGUAAGUCAUAAAAUGACCAUAAGGUCAAGUGGCCAAAUAAGUACUGCACAUUAUAAACAGCUAACUACUUUCUGUCAUUCAUUCAAAAUCAUCAAAAGGACUACAUUGGUAAGCGGUGAGGUCCUUAAAGUCUUUAUGGAGAGGCUUAAUGACAGUAAGUUAGGAGAUGCUGAAAGCAGUAAACCAAUCUGACAAGGGAUGAGGCUAGAUAAUACCCCUUCCAACUUGAAGAUUCUAGAAAGUUGAACUUGUCAGAAAGCAUGGGACAGCAUUUAAUUUAUCUCAGGCCACCAUUGCCUGAAUAAUUCUGAGGUUCCCCCAGCACUCAAUAUUAUCUGCGAAUGGACCACUGAGUUAUUUACUGGCCAUCUCAUUAUCAAAGACAUGUAUCAUGAAGACUCAGAGCCCGGAUGUUUACAUAACUAAUGUAAAAUACAAGAGUUAUAAUUAAUUACUGAGAAGAGAAAAUAAUGUAUGCAUUAUCAAGGGCUACACAAACGUAUGAUGGUGUUUUACCAGGCUUCUGAAUUCCCAAAACUCUGUUGCCCCUUUCAAGUUAAUGAGGAAGAGACUGGACUGUAAAAAAUCAGUUCCUAGUACAAAUUCACACUGAGGUUUCUGGAGCACAUCCAAUUACCACGGCGACUAAAUGAAGUACACCAGCAUAGUAGAAAUCAAUAGAUCUGACAUUAGGACAGCAAACAUCCUCACUGUAAAUAAAAAACUGGUAGUCACAGUAUCCGUGCUCUCUCUCCACAAGCUCAGAAUGAAAGAAGUCUCAUACUCAGACCCCUGAUUCUUUAAGGUGUCCCGUCCCGUCUUCCAAAGCCUUACUAUACUGAUCUCACUUUCUGGAUUUAUUUUUCCGGUUGUGGCAAGAACUUGUUUGAUUUCCCACAGCUGUCAGUGGUUUUAAGUCCUUGCCCAGAAACGUCACAGGAACGGACAGAAUGUUUUCUACAGAAUCCAUCCACAGUUCCUGAAUUUGAGGUUGGAUACUUAAAGAAGAUUAUUUGAAGACUCAUUUUGGAAUCAAAUAGCAUGGAUCCCAGCAGUGACUACCAUUUCCUCAACCAGAUUUUGUGGAGAAGAGUGAAACUCACAUUGGUUUGUGGCAUCUUCGAGGGAGUGCUCCAGCAUGUGGACCCUAACAAGAUUGUUGUCCUGAAGAAAGUGAAGAACGUGGAGACUGAUCGAAGUGUCCCAGGAGUGAAGAUGUUUUUUGGACACGAGAUUGUGAAUGUGGAACUACUGGAUGAAGAAGAACAAGGUGCAGUAAGAGAAAAGGCAUCUUCUGUUAGUCUAAAUACAGAAAGAAACAGGAUGGAUACAAUAAAAGAUGAAGACCUAAAUGUAUAUAAGCCUGCUUCUCCUGCCUGUGAGGCACCAACCACCUCUCUGCUAAAUGACCUCAAGUACAGCCCAUCAGAGGAAGAGGAGGUGACAUACACAGUCGUUGAUCAGUUCCAGCAGAAAUUUGGUGCUGCAAUGCUCCACAUCAAGAAGCAAAGUGUCCUGAGUGUGGCAGCAGAAGGAGCUAAUGUGUGUCGUCAUGGGAGACUAUGUUGGCUUCAGGUGGCCACAAAUAGGCGAGUUUACUUAUUUGACAUUUUUCUUCUGGGAAGUCGUGCUUUCAGCAAUGGACUUCAGAUGGUAUUAGAAGACAAGAGAAUUUUGAAGGUUAUCCAUGAUUGUCGUUGGCUUUCUGAUUGCCUCUCUCAUCAGUAUGGAAUUUUGCUGAAUAAUGUCUUUGACACCCAGGUAGCAGAUGUCCUUCAAUUUUCCAUGGAAACAGGCGGCUUUCUUCCAAACUGCAUUAGUACUUUACAGGAGAGUUUAAUCAGACACCUUAAAAUAGCCCCUAAAUAUCUCUCCUUUCUGGAAGAGAGACAAAAACUGAUUCGGGAAAACCCAGAACUAUGGUUCACACGACCUAUUUCACCCUCUUUGCUAAAAAUUUUGGCCCUGGAAGCUACCUACCUGCUCCCCCUUCGCUUGGUACUCCUAGAUGAAAUGAUGUCUGAUCUAACUACCCUGGUGGACGGGUACCUAAACACCUACCGAAAAGGGUCUGCAGACUGGCUGGGAGGCAUGGAGCUUACAUGUAUGGAGCUCCCAGAGGAACUGCUUCAACUCAAGGACUUCCAGAGACAGCGCAGAGAGAGAGCUGCAAAAGAAUAUAGAGUAAAUGAACAGGGACUCCUAAUAAGGACAGAACUACAUCCAAAGAAAUCUAUGACAGAGACAGCAGGGAAAGAGGGAAAAGUAAGAGAUUUCUUACUUUGUAAAAAUUCUAGGCUAGAUAAAGCUCCACAUUUUACAUCUCACAAGGAUGUAAAUUUGCUAAAUGAAGAAUCUAAGAGUAAGCAAACCACAGCGGAACCUCAACAUCUACCUCCCAUAAAGGAAGAAGUCAGUGAAGAUUCCAGUAACAAACGAAUUUGCCCUGAGUCAGAGGGGUUUAAGGACCAGAGAAUAACUCAAAAAGAAUACCUCAAGAUACCUAAACAAGAGUUUCAGACAAAUUUAUCUUUGAAAGAGGAGAUAGAACAGUUACUGAUGGUGGAAAACAAGGAAGAUCUAAAAUAUACAAAACAAGAUGUUUUAGUGUCUCCUUCCCUUCCUCAGGAAACCAGAGUGUCUCCAAGUGACAUUUUUCAUCCUUUUAGAAAAGCUGUGCUUCCCACACUUCCUCCCUGCCCAGCUUUGGAGAAGACUGAUUCCUGGAUAAAUCCAGAUUCUCCCAAUCUGCCUUAGAGAUCUGCAGUUUGUUCUUGAGGCCAAUAAAGGUGGCUUAUUUCCUCUGCCAUCAAGGCCUUCCUCAGUGCUUAAGUUUAUUGUGUUGUACAUUAGUCACAGGCUUUGGGGGAAAUUAUAUCCUCUUGCUUACUCCUAUAUUCUUGGAAUUUGAUUAGGAUGGGAAUGAAUAAGUUAAAUAAUGGAAGAAGUAAAUGUUCUGAUUAUGUCACUGUGUAGAAAUGUUCCCUGUGGCCAGACUGAAUUAUUUCUCAUAAUUUGGGUUUAAAGGAUUUGAAGAAGGGAAAAAUUUUGGACUUAGUGUCUGGAAGAAUCUAUACUUUAAAUUUUUUGUUGUUUUUUCUGGUUUGAAGGGUGUUGGUAAAACUCUUAGCCAUAAGUUUAAAAAUAUUAGUACCUGACAACUUUACCUGUACUUUUUUCCAUUUUAGAAUAUUAACUUUGUCAAUUAUACCUCAAUAAGAUGAAAACUAUUAACUUUAUUUUUGAAUUUUAAAUGUUUGGUCUGUCUUAUGUCAUAGACAAACAAUAGUUUAUGUUAUUACAGGAAUCAAUAUCCCAGUUUUAAUUUCUUUUCAUUCCAUUUACUUUUAGAGAGUUUUGUCCAUUUCCCUAACAAAGCAGGGCCUUCUUUAGAGUAUGUCUAUUAUGUAAACUUGAAGUUUGAGUCCACUCUGUUUGCCUGGAGUUGGUAUGCCUUCUUAGGGUGAAAGGAAGGUAGCCUGUACUGAGCCCUUUUUAUGUUGAAUACUUGCAAGUUGCUCAUUCUUUUGUGUAUAAUAACCAGUAAACAUGUUUGGUAUUAGGUUAUCUCUCACUUUUCUUCAUUGGGUCAGGGUAGGAAUAAAUUGGAAUGUGUCUGGAUUUCUAGGUCUAGAAUCCAGUGAGAAAUCUGUAACUUUUUUUUUUUUUUUUUGCGGUGCUGCACGUCCUGUGGGAUCCUAGUUCCCUGACCAGGGAUGAACCUGGGCCACAUCAGUGAAAGCACCGAGCCCUAACCAUUAGACUGCCAGGGAAUUCCCUAGAAAUCUGUAAUUUGACUGUUAUACAGGCCUCUACUACUUAGGGGAGACAGGGACAGUCUAUAAUUAGGAACAUCCUUGUCUGUGCUCAUCGAUUCUAUCAUGAGUACCACUGAAAGAACAGCUGUGUCUUCCAAAUCCCAGAGCCCAGAUCUGGUUUAAGCUUAAGAUGAAGGCAGGACUAAGAGCAGUCAGCUCAGCCCUGCAGUUGCUGUCCCUCACUUUGUCCAUAGUUUAGAAGGUCAUUGGAGGCCAAGGUGGUUUCUGGUUCAUCCUGGGUGAAUGUGUUUUCAGGUUGAGCCCAGAAAGUGGUUAAUCUAGGUUUACUCUGGAAAGGGCAUGAAUUUCUGUGAAAUUCAUAGAAUUGAUUUAGCUUCUUAUGGAACCAUACCACACACAAUUUUUAUACAUACAUACAUGUAAAUAUACAGGCUACAAAGAAAAAUGUGA